UUGGCCACGUCACGUGACAUGGGUUGGAAGAUGGCGUCUCCCACAGACGGGACAGAUCUGGAAGCAUCUCUGCUAAGUUUUGAAAAACUUGACCGUGCCUCACCAGACCUUUGGCCAGAACAAUUACCAGGUGUUGCUGAAUUUGCAGCUUCCUUUAAAAGCCCUAUUACUAGUUCUCCACCCAAAUGGAUGGCUGAAAUAGAACGUGAUGACAUUGACAUGUUGAAAGAACUGGGGAGCCUCACCACAGCUAAUUUGAUGGAGAAGGUACGAGGCCUACAGAACUUGGCCUAUCAGCUGGGGCUAGAUGAAUCCAGAGAGAUGACAAGGGGGAAAUUUCUCAACAUUCUGGAGAAGCCCAAGAAGUAGCAGCUGCUUGUGUACAGGAUGUCCUGGGGGCCGGAACCAAGCUCCCCUCCCAGCGCAGCUCCGACGAUGUGCAACUCUCUGCUUCCUGGCGAGAGGCCGGAGGGUGCACCUCCAGGACUGACCCUCUCCCCUGUUCCUGGCAUUCUGCGCCUCGAAGGACAUUCGGCGGCAAGAGAGAAAUCUGCUUUACAGAUUCUAUACAGAAGGAUCAAGUGCAGUUGUUCGAUCAGCUUCCAGACUUUGACUGGCUCUGCCUUGGAUGUGGGCAACACCAGGAGGCGUAUGUAUCAUUCUUAAAGGUCAAAGUCCUGCUCUCUCGUUUCAAGAAGUGAUUCAGGAGCCCUAGGAUUUUACAAUUGAUUUGAUUUGGUGAUGGCAAAGUCAGUUGUGACACGUUGUUUGGAUGGGUUCUUUUGACUUGUACUUGAUAUCUUAGGAAGUAUUUAUGAUGAGAAGACCAGAGACCAAUCAGAUUCUGAAACAGACCAGGCAACCUGACCUGUGAAAUCUCCAGUAUAUAAUGGGUUCCAAGAAUCCCUAGCUGGAGAAGCCAGAAUCUUUUUGAAAUGCACACCUGCUUUAAAAGUUCUGUACCUCCCACAAUAGCCCCAUCCCCCAGUGCCUUUCAUUCCCCACCCUCCAUUCUGAUUCCAGGAAAGAGGAUCCCUGUGUAUGAGUCCCUACUGGGAUUAGCUAGUGAAAGUCUUACACAAGGUUGUAUCGGAUUCUAGAUCUCAAAGACUGAGUUAAAGAUGAAAGAAAGGACUUUUGAGUUCUAGCUAGUCUGUUACAGUUUCAAGCAAGAGUCAUUAUGGCCUAAAAGGUAGGAGAAGGGAGUUCUUUGCAGGAGUCCCCAUUUGAUGAAAAACUAGAAACUCUGAUCUGAAAGGAAUGUGCUGUGGAACGGUGGCAGUAUAUUGUCCCCUUGUCCCCUCUUCAUGGCACGUAUCAGAUACUUCACCAAGGUAAAAGAAACACACACACACACACACACACACACACACACACACACACGAAAGGAAAGGGAGGAUUUCCUGACUUAAAUACAACUCUUAUAGAGCUCUUUGCCAGUCUUCUGUCCCUGUGUUAAAACCUGAAAACACAACCCAUGCAAAAAAUUGAUUACACAUGUUCUCUGUAUUCUGUCUUAUGAGCCAGCCCCCAGCCUCUAAUGUUUUGUGAAGUACAUGAGGUUUCCUGAACUUCAUGCAGAGAACAUCCAUGUGGUAGUUGUCUGAUGGUGUCUGGAUAUAAGGAAAGCUGUGGGCAAACUGCAGCACUGUUCAUUUUAAUAGCUGGUCUUUUAACCAUUUUCUGGCAUUUGUGCCUUGUUUCCCAUGCUAGAAUUAGUGUUGGAUUUUUCUCUCAUUUUUGCCAUCCAUGCAGUAUUAUGUAUUGAUAAGGGGGACAAAUUGAGCACAAGUCACAAAGAAGAAGUAUGAGAAAAAACAUUCUGCCUGGAUGCAAUAUAGGAAUUCAAGCUGGAGAGGCAUAGAUUUUAAGUUAAGCUUAUUAUUGACAUUCCUUUUUUUCUAAAUACGGUUGAAGUGGGAGAGGAGGGGAGAGAGAGAGAGGGAGGGGAGGGGAAGGCAAAAAAUAGUGCCAUAACGUCACAUUCUUUCUUUGCUCUGUUUUUGAGAGUUGAUGACAUCUGGCACUUUUAAGUGCUUGGGGAAAUUGAGAAAUACAUGGAGAAUAUGAGGAUACCUCCCCAAAACCAACUCAGGUCUGUAACCCGAGGCUUUGUAGUUGGUUUUCUGGUCUGCCUUGGCCUUUCUUUUACUGUCAUCUUAUUCACCAGCACUUAAUGUAAGUAGGUGUUUUAGAAUUGCGAUAUUUAUUGGUUUUGUAUUUGUUGUCCUUAGAAAAGUUAAUGAUGUAUUUUUAUAUUGAUAUUAUAAAUUGAUGUAUAAUGUGUGUGUGUGUGCUUGAGGGUGUUAGAGGACUGUGCUUUGUAUAUGAUGGUUUCUGUGUCGUCAUAAUAAAUAUGUCCCUUUUA